AUUUGGCUUGGAUUAAUGGAUUACUAUUACUAUGACCAAGAAGGUGAUGAUGAACUAGAGGACAAUGAAGAUUAUGAAUACGACUCAAUGGUACUGCCGGAUGAAGAAUCAUUUAAGGAUGUCUAUGAAGGUUGCAUUAAAUCUUCCAAUCAGCAAGUGCAACAAUAUAUAUUAGUUCUUUUGGGAUGCGGUUUUUUGCAACGUGUUGCCUGGGAAAUAGUAAGACGUUCAGUAGGUAAUAGACAUCAGUAUUUGUACCAUUUAAUCUCUUUAGUUUGUGGCCUUACAAGUUUAUGGUUUUAUGUUGGCGCCGGCAGCAGCCUUUAUGUAUGCCUGCAUGUUUUGAACUUGUGCUUAUUUCUGAAGUUGGCGCUAAGGUUAAAACUGAAAUAUACGGGUCCUUUGCUCUGUAUGUACACCAUAUUUUGUCAAUUAUUUUGCGAAUAUCUAUUGAAAUCUGAACAAUAUGAAAGCAUUAGGGGACCACAAAUGGUGGUGAGCAUGAAAUUGAUAUCGGUGGCCUUUGAAGUUCAAGAUGAAAAGGAAAAGUAUCAGUUGAUAACAUACUUGGGAUAUCUGCUAAGUCCGGCUUCUUUAAUAUUAGGACCCUGGGUGUCAUUAAAAGAUUACAGACCAGAUUUUAAUGUGAGGUUCAAAUUAAUGCCACAUUUGGGCAGAAUUCUCUUAAAUAUUUUAUUAGCUGUAACGUUUUUAAAUCUUUCCAACUGUAUUGUACCCUGGUUAAAGCAAUUAUUGAGCGCGGGACUGUGGUGGAGUACUUAUUUGGAAGCCUUCUCUGUACGUUGUAGCCAUUAUUUUGUUUGUUAUCUUUCACAGGCCACACUAAUGUCGGCCAAUACGAAUUCUUUGACAUUAAGCUCCUCGUCUUUGGCAUCUACUCAGACCAUAGUCAAUCCAUGGGCUAUAGAAUUUCCACGCUCUUUGUCCGAUGUUAUACGAAAUUGGAAUAUACCCAUGCAUUUGUGGCUGAAACAAAACAUAUUCAAUCGUUUACGUGCCACAAAAUAUCCGUAUUUUGUUGCCAUUUUUAUUACCUAUCUAGUAUCGUGUCUAGUACAUGGUUUCAACUAUAAAGUACAUUUGGUUUUAAUUUCCCUCAGUUGCUUUAGCUACUUUGAGAAUCUCCUGAGGCAUUGUUUAGCCCAAGUAUUCGAUGCCUGCAUAGAAUCAACCUGCUGUAAACAGAACUGCAAAUAUUUGCAUUGUCCACGUCGUAUGACGAAACAAUAUUUUACGCCUGCUUCGCUAUUAGUACGUUUAGUCAAUUUCUUAUUUAGUUUAAUAGUUGUCAUACAAUUGGCCUAUCUGGGGGUAAUGUUGAAUGCCACAUCGUCCAGCACUAUGACCAUAUUAGAGAUUUGGAACAAUAUGAAUUAUUUGGGUCAUAUAUUAGCCAUGCUAAUGUUUGUAUUUUAUAAAUGUAUUUAAAAUAUCAAAGAAAGGUUUUUUAGG